AGGAGACGCGAUGAUGCAAACGUCCUCGUGCGCGGGGGGGCGGGGCUCUGCUGCCCCCCUUCCCCCCCCGCGUCAUCCCAGGCCGCCGGCUGAUGACGCCAUCAGGCGGCGCCGGCUCCUGGGAGGCGGCGGCGGCGGUACAGGGAGCCUGAGCGAGGCUCCCCCCCGCCCCACGGGGGUGAGUGCGCGCGGCCCCCUUAGCCGGGUGUUCCUACUUGGCCACCCCGGAGCCAUGAAGGAAUCUCCCCUCCAGACCAAGAAGUUCUGGGGGCCCCCACCCGGCUUCGGGGCCCCCCCGGCACCCCCCAGUGGCACGACCUGGCAGCCCCCCAAGCAUGGCGGGUGCUUUGAGGCUGGGCGCCGCCUGCCCUACACUCAGCAGCAGCCUCCCGGCUUCGAGGAUGCGCGGUGGGGCCUGUGCGUGUCCCACCCACCUGCGCCCGCCUGGCCCUUCUCCCCUCGGGGCCGCCCCCCGCCUGCCCGCCGGAGGGGGCUGCCCCCACGCCGGCGAUGGAGGGGUCUGCGGGCCUUGGGCAUGCUCCUUUACUCAAAGAGCCCCUCAUUGGCCUUCCACUGGCGCCUCUGGGGCAAGCUGCCUGCGCGUGGACGGCGACGGGCAGGGGGUACCAAGCGGGCCCGAUCCUCCCUCUCCCUGUCCCCGGGGUCGCAGGCUGAGGAGGACCCUGGUGUGGGGGACCCGCCCUGCUCCAAGCCCCGCCCAGCUGGUGGGGCCUACGCAGCGCUGCCCCUGCUGGGGGCACUGGUGGGUGAAGAUGGGGGCACCGGGGCCCCUCCCUGCUACGCUGAGCUACGCCGGGUCAGCUUCGAGUCCCCUACUGAGGAGGAUGAUGCUGCUGGGAUCCCUCCGCUUGACCGCUCGCCUGGGGGAGGGCAGGAGCCUGAGCCAACGCUGGAUGGGGAUUCAGGCAUCCUGGAUGAGUUCCUGCAGGCCUAUGGCAGCCUAAUCCCUGUCAGCUCAGAUGAGGUGGUGGAGAAGCUAGAGGACAUCUUCCAGCAGGAGUUCUCCACGCCCCAGCGGAAGGGCAUGGUGCAGCAGCUGAUGCAGUCUUACCAGCGCAUGCCAGGCAAUGCCAUGCUGCGUGGCUUCCGUGUCACCUACAAGCGCCACGUACUCACCAUGGAUGACCUGCAGACCCUCUAUGGCCCCAACUGGCUCAAUGACCAGGUUCACUUCUUCAACAGUUUUUUCUACGAUAAGCUACGAACCAAGGGGUACGAGGGGGUGAAGCGCUGGACCAAAAAUGUGGACAUCUUCCAGAAGGAACUGCUGCUGGUCCCGAUCCACCUGGAGGUGCACUGGUCGCUGGUAGCUGUGGAUGUGCGAGGCCAGCGCAUCACCUACUUCGACUCCCAGCGCACGCUCAACCGCCGCUGUCCCAAGCACAUCUGCAGGUAUCUCCAAGCAGAGGCUGACAAGAAGGACCGGCCCGAUUUUCGGGAUGGCUGGCGGGGCUCCUUUAAGAUGAAUGUUGCCCGGCAGAACAACGACAGUGACUGUGGCGCCUUCGUCCUGCAGUACUGCAAGUUCUUGGCUCUGGGGCUGCCCUUCUCCUUCACCCAGCAGGACAUGCCCAAGCUCCGCCGGCAGAUGUACAAGGAGCUGUGUCACUGCAAACUCACCGUGUGAGAUGCUCCCCCAUCUCCGUUCCCCCACCCUCACAGAAGGUGGUGGGCGGAGCCUUGUGGAGGGGUGGAGCCUGUAAGCCCCCCCCUCUACACUGGGGAGGGGGGGGCACUAAGUGUGUCUCCCCCCCCACCUCCCCUUUAAAAGAAUCCAGACUCUGGGGGGAUUUCUCUGUUUUGUUUUGUUUUGUUUUUGUUUUUACUCCUUUCUGUGUUCAUUUUUUUUUUUUGCGCCCCCCCCCCCUUAUUUAAACUCAUGGUGCAUUUUUCUGGGGGUGGGGGGAGGGUAUGAAGGUGGAAACAUGCCCCCCCCCAUGCUAAAUAUAACCCCCCAGUUUGGGGAUGGGGAUAGGAACCAAAACGAGGGGGGGACCUUUGUGUUGCUAGCACAGGCGGCAGGGGAAGGUUCUGAGCGUGACGCGAUCCCCCCCUUUAUUCCCUCCUCCAAUUGGUCCAUUGUGUUCGGUGCAUUUUUUUUGUCUGUUUCCAAAGGGAGGGGGGUGUUUUUUGGGGAGGGGUACCGGGGGACGGGGGGGGGGGACUAGGGGGUCGGACACUGGGCUGCCACUGGAGGAAGGAGGAGGGCGUGGAUUAAUAUUAUUUUUUUUGUUUUCGGGGGGUGUUUUUUAUAUCUCGACGGGCGUCGGCGGGAAUAAACUUUUCGCUCUUUGGAGCCCGUGUAUGUGUGUGUAUGCGCGGGGGCGGAAACCCGGGCGCCCCUCCCACGUGGGUCCCCUGCGGGCGUCCCCGCCGCCCACGUGCGGCCCACUUCCGCGCCUGGCCAGGUGUGACGGGUGCGCCUGCUGUCCAAUCCGCGCGCGCCUGGGUCCAGAAGCGGAAGGGAGGGGGAGAGGUUGCAAUAUCACGAGUGGCUAGCCAAUGAGCGCCUGGGGCGGCUCGCAGGCGA